AUGGGCCAAGGAAUAUUUUCAAUUGAUAAUAUAAAUCAAUGGAAAAGUAAUAGAAAAAUGGUAAUCGCAGGAUUUAACUAUACAAUAAUGAGAUCAUUUUUACCGGUUUUUUAUGAAGAAGCUUGUGUUCUAUUAAAAGUUCUACAUAUGCAAUGUAAUCAGAAUUCAAUAGGAUGUGAUAUAAGUGUACCAAUUAGUAACGCAACUAUGGAAAUGAUUGGUAGAAAUGCACUUGGUAUAAAAUUUAAUGCACAAAAUGGUGUCAAGCAUGAAUUCAUCGAAAAUUUGUUUAAUACUAUGAUGGUCUGGGAGUAUAGGAUAACACAUCCCUGGUAUUUAAACAAAACUAUUUUUCAAUUUUCUACACUCAAACAUAAACAUGAUCGUAGUCAUAAAAUCAUUAAUGAAUUCACGGACAAUAUAAUAAAAAGUAAAUUAGCUGAAAUUCAAAAAAACAAGGAAUGUAUAAACAACGACGAAAUAGAACAAAAAAAAUUAUCAACCAAAUCCAAAACGUUUAUAGAGAUUUUAUUACAGAAUUUCCAAAACAUGUCUCAUAAACAAAUUCGAGAUGAAAUUAUAACUAUCAUGAUUGCAAAAUAUUGAUAUUUUCUUCCUUGAACUGGUUUUGUGGAUGUCGUCGGCCGUUAAUAGUCGAUUAAUAUGGGUAUACUAAGAAAGUUAUAAUAGAAUAAUCUGUCUCGUUUAUCACAACAUUAUUAUCUAAAAGUGUUACACUAAUAAUGUGUUGUGUACAGAUGACUCAUAAUGUGAUUAGUCGACUAC